AUGAUCAACUCUGAAGACGAAGAAAAGAUCAAGCUGCUUCAAGAACGGAUUGGUCUAAGCUGCUGGAGGAGUGUCAUGCUGCCAUUGGAUGCAUGCGGAGGAGGAGGUGUCAUCGUUCUGGAGCACAGGCGCCACCAGCUGCUUCUUCCAACACCUAUAAAUACCCCCCUCUCUUCUCAUUUCCAAACCACACCAAAAUCAGAAAGAAAGAGAGAGAAAGACAGUGAGAGGGAGGACGCCCAGAAGAAGAAGAAAGAGGAGGAGGAGAAGAAGAAGAAAGAGAAGAAGAAGAAGAAGAAGAGCGGGAGCGUUCGGGCAGAAGCUUAG